GUCUAGCGAUGUUUGUUGUCAUAUCUGUUUUUGUUGUGAAGAGCAAAGGCGAGGAUCAUCGUUACUCGGAUGGAUCUAUGGUGAACAUCAUAGAGAGGUAGAAUGUAAAACAGGAUGGCUGAUUUUGAAACGUAUCAGGAGUAUCAGCGUAUAGAAGACUAUGAUGAAGACUCACCCCAAGGAGAGGAAGACUUACUUAUUCAUGUGUCAGAGGGUAGACGAGACCCAUGGCAUCAUAUCAAGAACCUCGACAAUUUCUUCACAAGAAUCUAUCAUUUCCAUCAGAAGAAUGGAUUUACCUGCAUGGUGUUGUCAGAGGUUUUUGAACUUGUGCAAUUCCUGUUUGUGGUCACGUUUACAACUUUCCUCUUCAACUGUGUGGAAUAUGAUGUUCUCUUUGCCAACCGAGCGGUCAACCACACGGGCCAGAGUCUCGGUCCCCUGGACAGGAACAAGGUCACACUUCCUGAUGCUAUUUUACCCAGUGAGCAGUGUAUUGAGAGGAUUGAAGGCAACAGCUGGAUCAUCUUUCUCUUGAUAAUGGCAGCCAUUUUUUGGGUCUAUCGGCUCGUGAAGGUGAUCUGCAAUGUCCUCAGCUACUGGGAGAUCCGGCAGUUUUAUAUUAAAGCACUCAAAAUACAGAUGGACGAGUUAUGUAACUUCUCGUGGCAAGAAGUUCAAGGCCGUUUGAUUCACCUGCAGCGUGAGCAGCCCAUGUGCGUCCAAAAGAGGGAACUCUCCGAACUGGACAUCUACCACCGCAUCCUACGCUUUAAAAACUACACCGUUGCCAUGAUCAACAAGUCUCUGCUGCCUGUCAGACUGCGCGUGCCCUUUUUCGGAGACAUGAUUUUCCUCACGCAGGGCCUAAAGUACAACUUUGAACUUAUUCUUUUUUGGGGGCCCCUCUCGCUUUUUCAGAACAAAUGGAGUUUACAUCCCAAGUACAAACGGGCUGCGAACCGCCAAGAGCUUGCGAAACAGCUCAGCCGUGUUAUAUUGCUAACUGGCAUGGUCAAUCUUCUGCUUUGCCCAUUCGUGGUGGUGUGGCAGGUGUUGUAUGCGUUUUUUAGCUAUGCCGAAGUCAUCAAACGGGAGCCGGGAAGUUUGGGUGCUCACCGCUGGUCGCUGUACGGCCGGCUUUACCUGAGACACUUUAACGAGCUGGAUCAUGAGUUGCAAGGCAGGCUGGGUCGUGGAUACAAGCCGGCCGCUAAGUAUAUGAACGCCUUUGUUUCUCCCCUGUUGGCGGUUCUGGCGAAGAAUGUGGCUUUCUUCUCCGGCUCAGUGCUGGCUGUGCUGAUUUUGUUGACAGUGUAUGACGAGGACGUAUUGACGGUGCAACACAUUUUGACGGCCAUCACUGUGCUGGGCGUUGUCAUCACGAUCACCAGGUCAUUUAUUCCAGAUGAACAUAUGGUGUGGUAUCCUGAACAGCUGCUGCAGUGUGUCCUGGCCCAUAUUCACUACAUGCCGGAUCACUGGAAGGGCAAUGGCAACAAGAGCGAGACUCGUGACGAGAUGGCGCAGCUUUUCCAGUACAAAGCGGUCUUUAUCUUGGAGGAGCUCCUCAGCCCCAUAAUUACCCCGUUCAUCCUCAUCUUCUCCCUAAGGAGCAAGUCUCUAGAAAUCAUCGACUUCUUCCGUAACUUCACAGUAGACGUUGCGGGAGUAGGCGACAUAUGCUCAUUCGCUCAGAUGGACAUCAGACGGCAUGGCAACCCACAGUGGAUGUCCGAGGGUCAGACGGAAGCUUCGGUGUACCAACAGGCUGAAAACGGCAAGACAGAGCUGUCACUGAUGCAUUUCACCAUCAAAAACCCUCACUGGCAGCCACCGCAGGAGAGCUCUGUGUUCAUCAGUCACCUGAAGGAGAAGGUUCAACAGGAUGCUCAGACAGGACCAUCUCCUCAGCUGCUGCUGUCCGAAGCGCCUCUUUGUACCUCACUACUGUCUAAUGAAUCUGGAACUGGUCCUGAUAACCUGUUAGCCAGCGUGUUGGCUCACCCUGUACUGACUGCGUCCAGACUCCCUGGAUGGAAUCAUCAUCAUUUUAUCCCACAGAACAGCGCAGUCUCAGCAGCUGCCAGCGUCCUGGCAUCCCUGUCUUCAUCCCAGCAGCCCCAUGCCGGGCGUUCGCGUUCACACACUCUCCUAUCCUCCAGAGAGCAUCAAGAUGGCCCUAUGUACUACAGUGAGCACACUGUGGGUGACAGCAUGUCCGCAAGUGACUCCAGGAUGCUCAGCCAGUCCAAAUCAGCCCUUGUGUCUGAAUUUGCAUCUGCUGAGAUGAGCCUGCAUGCUAUAUACAUGCACGAGGUACAUCAGCAGAAGACCCAGCAUACAUCUGGACUGCUUCAGUCCCCUGUGCCAAUGAGGGAUUUGAGUACUAAUAGUGGUCCUCAGAUACUGUCUUCACAGACAGUCAGCCUGGUGCCGCCCACUUCUGGCCAUUUGGGCGGCUGGGCUGAAGAAGAGGAAGAGGAGGAUGGUGUUGAAGAGGAGAUAAACACCAGCCCUGUGCCAGAUCAGACCAGCAGAGGGAGCAGCUGAAGUGCCUUCAACCUUUAUGUCUUUGCAUUCGUGUUUGGGAGGAAUGGUGUGGCCUUACUUUAGUUUGAAACCAUUUGAUCGAGCAUGUUGGACAUUACACUACACAUGCAGUUCACGGAGCGCGUCUGAGCAGUUCAGUUCUCUGGACACGUUGUCUUCCAGAACUGUUGUGAUGGACUGCAAGAGUGUCUGCCACCUCCCCUCUCUCUUUACACAUCAAAUAGAUUUCAAUUUAAGACUGCUGUGUGUGCUGGAGUGUAUGCUAUACUUUCAGACCAUGGCUGUAGGUUUUUGUUGGUGUAUGGCAUAAGAUGACAUUUCUCGUCUUUAAAGAACUGGCGGCAAAUGUUGAGUCAGGACCCGAACAUGGCACAUGUUUUAUACAGUAUUUUAUUUCCUUUUCUUUCAUGCAACAUUUGUUUUAUAUGGGUUAGAGCAAGUCACAUUUUGCGCUUCUCUGAUUCAACUGACAGGAGUGUUUUAUGGGUGGUAUUUAUUAUGAAGCGCUGCACUGGUUGUAUUGUUAGUUUCAGUUUAGCUUUAGAGCCCCAGCGAACACAGAAAAAUAUCAGUAAACGAAUGAAUGAAUGAAUGAAAGUAAUAUCAUGACAAUAAGAAAAAAUGCUAACACUUUUUAAAAUAAGGUUUUGUUUG